AUGGAAGCUAGAAACGCCGCGGGUCGCCGCGUGUCACUGCUCAACGACGAGAGCACCAGCUACGAAAAGGUCCAGCUUCACCACCACAAACAUCAUAUUGCCCUCCCACCAUCCGCUGGCCACGCACUUAGUCGUCCGUAUCCCAGCCCACGCAGCAGCUCCUCGUCACCCAAUACCCCAGAGCUUCUGCGUUCGGACUCCUACGACUCUCAGAUGAGCAAUGAUCCCAUUUCACCUUUGACCCCUUCAGCCGACUACGCCCAUCCAAGAAGAUCUCUAUACGCCUCCGACCUCCCUACCAAGCGGCCCGCCUAUGUCGACAGCAGUCGGUCAACCUCGUAUGAAGAUGACGCCCCCGCUCCUUCUGCACAGUUGCCCGCAGACCGCCCUGGGAAGCGAUAUCCUUGCCGAUAUAGAGACUCUCAUGGCUGCGAGAAGACAUUCACCACCUCUGGUCACGCUUCACGGCAUUCAAAGAUACACACCGCCGAGAAGGCCGUUCAGUGUACAUACCCAGGCUGCCAAAAGAAGUUUACCCGCGCCGACAACAUGAAACAGCACUUGGAAACCCACUACAAGGACAAGAGCCGAUCCUCAGCCAGUCAGCGUGCGCAAAAGGCUGUUCUUGCGGAAGCGCGCCGCAACUCGUCCACCAGUCGCAGCCGCUCGUCCGCCUCAACGACCACGACGAGCCAUGAGGCUAUGCAGUGGGAGUCGGACGCUUACGUCGCCUCUACGCAGCCUCUUGCCUCACCGAGCGCCAGCUCAUGGGAACUACGCACCCACAAUCUUCCCCUGCUGAACCGUCCUGCAGUCGCCCGGUCACCGAGUAGCGGCCUGGACGCCUUGGCCAUGGCAGUAGCCUGCCAGGAGGGCAGCAGAAGACAAUAA